AUGCUGCCACUCUUGGGAGGUUUUGGCAACCAAAAUGCACUUCAGCCUCACUUCGAUCAACAACAUCCUUCAUUCCCUUCUUAUCCUACGGCACCACGUUCUUCUUACCAUGCUCCAUAUAAUCUACCUAAUAUGCAACCAGCACCCUUAACCCAAUGGCAAAAUGAGCCAGCAAAUAAUCCAAGAGGCCUGGAUCAUCCUUACAACAGAGAUUUACACUUAUCGCAAGCUGAUACACUAUAUGCAAUUCCCAGUAAAGCCGAUCCAUACAAUCAAGGACCAAAUUUUUUGCCAACUAAGAAUCUUAGCAGGAAUGACAUCGCAAAAGACUCAGUAACAACUGCUGAAAUGGAUCACGAAGCACCACAAACACCCACUCGAAUCGAUUUAAACCAACAACGAAAAGAUGUUAUCGAUGCUCAAAAGGCUGUGCUAUCCAAAUUGCGACGACGAAUCCGCAUUUUUUCGAAUUGA